AUGGAUCUCCACAGGGCAGCCUUCAAAAUGGAGACCUCCUCCUAUCUGCCCAAUCCCUUGGCCUCCCCAGCUCUAAUGGUCCUGGCCUCCACUGCUGAAGCAUCUCGCGACGCCUCCAUCCCCUGCCAGCAGCCACGUCCAUUUGGCGUCCCGGUGUCAGUUGACAAAGAUGUCCAUUUGCCAUUUAACAAUGGUUCUUACACUUUCGCAUCAAUGUACCAUCGCCAGGGCGGCGUCCCACCAGGAUUCCCCAACAGGGACUUCCCGCCUUCCCUCCUCCAUCUCCAUCAUCAGUUUGCUCCACCGAACAUGGACUGCUCCCCAAUCAGCAUGCUGAAUCACAGCGGUGUCGGCGCCUUCAGACCUUUUGCCUCAGUUGACGACCGAGAUGGAGUACCGGGUGGGUAUCAGUCGGCUUUCACCCCAGCCAAACGCCUCAAAGGCUGCAUGGAUGCAGAGGCUUCACCCCACCUGCGGUACUCUGAUGCAGAGGGGAAAGAGUAUGACUUUGGAGGUUCACAGAUCCCUCCCGGAAGUUCACCCAGCGGACUGAAGGCCGGGGACGACUGUAUUAAAAAGAUCUUCCCUGUGUCAGGCCUCCUGUCUGAUCGAGACACUUCAUCCAGCCCUGAGGACCGCAUCGAGCGCUGUAAAAAGAAGAUGUCCAUGUACGACAGCCAGGCUCCGAUCUGUCCCAUCUGCCAGGUGCUGCUCAGGCCCGGAGAGCUGCAGGAGCACAUGGAGACGGAGAUAGACAGGCUAGCUGCCCAGCCAAGCGGUAAGAACCCUUCACCCAAGGAUGGAGCAGCCACUCCGGGAACACCCAAGUCAAUGCUGUUGUCGGUCCACAUCAAGCGUGAGGGAGAGUCUCCUGUGGUCUCGCCUAUGUCCUCUGAAGACGCCCACCACUCCGACAGAUACCAGACGUUUCUACGAGUUCGUGCAAACAGGCAAACCAGAUUGAAUGCUCGUAUAGGCAAGAUGAAGAGGAGGAAGCCUGAGGAGGGGGGGCAGGUAUGUCCGCUGUGCAGCGCCCCGUUGGCUGGGAGUGAGGAGGAGAUGAGUAGACAUGUGGAACAGUGCCUGAUCCAGCGUGAGGGUGCCUUGUGCGACGAUGACUCUGCAGACAUGGAUGGAGACAAUGGGCGGGGCUUUGAGGAGUAUGAAUGGGCAGGGCAGAAGAGGAUCAGAGCUACGGCUUUGCUGGAAGGAGGCUUCAGAGGAACAGGCUUUGCCACGUGUAACAUUAAGGAAAGCACGGCGGACAGUGACGUCGACCUGGACGUGGACGGAGACGACACCUUGGAGUACGGCAAAGCUCAGUACACCGAGGCCGAUAUCAUCCCCUGCUCUGGAGCCGGAGAGGACCAAGGAGAGGCCAGAGAGAGGGAGGCGCUACGAGGAGCUGUGCUCAAUGGUGGGAUGCCUUCUAAUAGAGUAACGACUGAGUUCUCCAAAUGGGCCAGUGAUGAAAUGCCUUCAACGAGCAAUGGAGAGAGCAGCAAGAUAGACCCCAGCACUCCUUCUUCCUCCUCCUCUUCCUCCUGUGCCCCACGCACCUGUAAAAACAGUGAGAUCGAAAAGGUAACGGAGGAGCAGUCCACGGCCACCACCAUGGAGGCUCUGAAGGCUCGAAUCCGAGAGCUGGAGAAGCAAAUCCUGAGAGGAGACCGAUACAAGUGUCUCAUCUGCAUGGACUCCUACACGAUGCCGCUCACCUCCAUCCAGUGCUGGCACGUCCAUUGUGAAGAAUGCUGGCUCAGGACUCUGGGGAACAAGAAGCUGUGCCCACAGUGCAACACCAUCACCUCACCCGGAGACCUGCGGCGUGUCUACUUGUAAAGAGCCCCCUUGCCCCCCCUCCUGCGCCUCGUCAUCCUUCCAAUCCAUUCUGCCAUUUUGGAUUUCAUCACCCGCCCUGUUGAACGCCAUUUAUUUUUCUCACUCUCUCAUGGCCUGGAUCGUUGUUCAAAACCCCAUCAGAGAGUGUCCAGAGACACAAGACUCUGCUGAAUGGAAACUGGUUUGCAUAAAUGACUGAGCAGCACCCACUGACUCUCUGGCUGCAUGGCCACGCAUUAAAAAAAUGAAAACCUAGACCUGGGAUCUCUCUGACUUGUUUCCUCUGCCUGACGAACACGACUCCCCUCUAACUGUAACGUGGGGAAUCGUCCACUGAAGGACUCUGAAGUCAGUGGAGACGCCCAGCACCCGGCGACGCCCUCCUGGGACAUGGAGGCUUCACGCUGCUGGAGCUGGACCUUAAAGAACUUCUAACUGCAGAAUAUAAAGACUUCUUUGUCCCCCCCCUCCCUCUCUAGCUCUACUUCAACAUUUCAGUAGCGCUGGACAAACAUGCUCGACCCUGAAGUCUUGACAGGAAUCUUCUUUUUGUUUAUCGUUCUCUGUCCCAGAGAGAGAACUCUGGCUUCAUGCCCCUGUUGCUUAAGAGAAUUUAAAAAAAGGGCCACUAAACCUGAGCUUUGAACCAAACUGAGAAGAACCUGACAACCUUGAAAAAGAGAUUGACACUUAUCUCUCUUUCACCUCUUCUUCUCGCGGGCCCUUCCCUUCCCUCUUCCCUUUUUCGUGGUGUUCUAGUGAAGUAAACCAAAAUUUCUCCCCCUCCAAGAUGCAGUGCAAGCACAUGUAAUAUAGUUCUAUGUAUGUUUACAAUGUUGAGUGUAAAUGACAUAGAGUUCACACACACACACACAGAUGCAAACACAGUCUCAAGAUACACACUGACGUAUAUAAUAUCAAAGUCCUGUUUUUAGUUGGAAGGGUUGGGGACUGAUGUUUGGGGGGGGAAAAAAUGGCUCGACUAAAAGAAGCCUUCUGUAUUUUUAAGAAAAAAAGACGAUUUGAAGAGCCGUUUAAAGUUUUAUUUCACUGUACAGGAAAAAUAAAAAAAGUCAAGUAAAUAAUAAACUGCUUGAGACUAGAUGGUGAAGAUGUAGGUGGUGUAAGAGAUUCCUCUUGCCCAAAGUUUCCUGCAAACAAGCAGAAUGAUGGAACUGCUGUUAAGUUGCAACAACGUCCAACUGAGCCUCUUCUUUUGUUUUCUUUUUACCUUCACUCCUGCUUCGGAGUAUCAACAACAUGCUCAGAUCAUAGUCUAGACACGUUUUUGUUUUACCUGUCUCAAAAUAAAGCUUUUCCCCAUUCUCAUACUGCUAUGCUGCAACAAAAAAAAAGGUCCCCAAAAUGGCGUCCGUUAUGGGCAGGUUCUUUUCGUAAGUUAUAACAGCAGAAGGACGUCGAUGGAAAAAGAAGGCUGAACUGGCAACCUCAACAUUUCCUCCCUCCCUCUACGGCGGCCGAGGUGGUGGUGUGCUUUUGUGUUCGUAAAACUAUGUAUUCUGUGACGUCUGUAUUGUUGUAAGAAAUGCUGAGAGAAAACCCCGAGAAAAAAAAAGAAAAAAUAAAAGUUUUCGAAAUUCCACGAGUGGUCCUGUUAACACAACCUGGGUGGUUGGAUAAGAGUGAAGAAAAAUGUUGCUGUGUUCACUGGAAGAAAAAAAAAAUGGGAGGAAGACGGCCUUAAUGCUAAAGACACACAUUCUGUUCAUGUGCAUUUUUAAAUAGAUGGUGUGUCAUCUCAGUGUCGGUGUUCACUCUCAUGAGACUUGAUUUUCUGCAUCUGAAGUGGAUCAUCUUCAUCCUCUGUGAAAUAAUGUAAACGGGUUAAACAUCCUUUGUUUGCCUUCAUCAAGAAACGGGAUCCUCCUGCGAAUAAUCCCAGGGGCGAGAAAAGCAUGAGUAGAUCAGCCGUGACAGCUGAGCUCACCUCUACUCGUGAACCUGUUUCCUCUUCGCUCUGUCCCCUCUGGGUUAGCUCACUGUGUAGUCACACAUCCGGCUAAUGGGUCAAAACAUUGAGGAGGAGAAUGGGGAUGUGUUGCUCUGAUCUUCCGUUGAUUCGAACCUGCCCCAAAGAUGACAAGUCGCACAAGAGGCUUGUGUCGGAACUAAUUUGUGUCUUGUAUAUUCUUGGAAAUGGUACAUGUCUUUCCCGUUUGUAAACUACAUUUGACAUUAAUUAAAUGAUUGUAAAUCUCAA